AAUGUUCGCAUAACCAUGUGAUGACGUCAAAAUAUGGCGCCUUGAUCAGCUGGGUGUUGUGUAGUGCGUGCUUGAGAUGCCCGUCUUUAGAAAAUCAACCGAGACUGUCGUCUGUCUACUAAGAUACUUUCGCGUGCUUGUAACGUGGCUAGUUGUGAGAACUGCAUCGAUUUCGUCGACAUACGCAUCGUUCGGUGCAAUGUGUUCUCGAUAGCACCGCCAUUUUGUCGCUUGUUAGUGGAUAAACAAAUGACGAUGUCGUCGUGGGUACUUUGGGUUCGAGGCUAGGUGUUACAGGUAAUUGGGAUGCAUCAAGCAAAUGUACUUCGACAGACAUUAAUCUAAAAAAAAUUAACGUUGGAUAAUGAGACCAUUGAACAGUGAAAUCUGGCAGAACUUCUUUAAAAAAUGAUCAAGGAAGAACUCAACGCGAUAUGCCACCAGAUAGACCAGAUUCCACAGGUAUGGAAAGAGGAAUAGAGUUGAGAUCCAAUCAGAUUUUCAAUUUUCAAGAUGCAACUUAUACAACUAAAGAACGUAAUAAUGCAAAUGCGUUUGUAGAAUCCAAUUCGAGUUACGAUGUUCAAGAAGAAUUACCUAUCAAUGAAAAAUCUAUAGAAAAGAACAAUCAUUCAGACGAUGACUUAACUUCUCUCAGCUGGUUACAUCAACAAAAUUUAUUAAAGGGAUUAGAAAUAUCAAACCCCAGCAAGGAUAUCAAGAAUGAAAAUCUGUUGAAUAACAAUGUGUGCGACGAUAUUGCAGACUUCUCUGAAAAUACAAAUUCUGUUUCCAGUUUGGAUGAUAGUUACUGUUCAGAAAUUAGCAGUAAAAAAACAAAUUCUACAUCACAAAGCCAUGGACAGCAAAACUAUCAGCACUCGAAUAGGAAUUGCCAGAAGUCCAGUCAAGUGUUUAAUGACUGCAUGAAAGGUCAUUAUGAAACUUCUCCGAGUGAUCAAACAAAGAUAUCAUUGAGCAACAACAAUUUGCCAGUGUCAAAUCGCAACAAGCAUCCUACACAUAUCCCUUACGAUCCUCAUUUACAUAGAAAUAGUAAACCACCAUACUCGUUCUCCUGUUUAAUUUUUAUGGCGAUCGAGGACAGCCCUGUGAAAGCUCUUCCAGUUAAAGAAGUUUAUGCAUGGAUUUUGGAUCACUUUCCAUAUUUUAGGAAUGCACCUACUGGUUGGAAAAAUUCCGUUCGUCAUAAUUUGAGUCUAAACAAAUGUUUUCGUAAGGUAGAAAAAGCUCCAAAUUUAGGUAAGGGCUCAUUAUGGAUGGUAGAUGCUCAAUAUCGUCCAAAUUUGAUACAGGCAUUAUCUCGUGCUCCUUUUCCACCUCCAACUGCACAAAAUCUUUCUACUCCAGAAAAAAGUCAAAGGAAGAAUGCAAGUGCACGUCUUCCGGAUCCUGUCUUAUUCCCAUACCUUUCCAAAAGACUGGCAUCUAGCAAUAUUAGCGAAACUCCUGAAACAGAGGUAGACAGUGACGUGGAUGCUGCAGCCGCGGCUAUGCUUUCCUUUAAACACGGGCCAAUAAUAUUGAAUCACAAUAGAGAUCGCAAGAAAAAAAUAUUGGAAUCUGAAAAAUUAGUUCCUGUAAUCACAAGAAGUUCUAGCGAAGAUCAUACAUAUAGUUGUAUUACUUCCAUCAAAUUGGAAAACAAGUACUCAAACGAGGAGGUCUCUACUGAUUUCGAUGAGCAAAGGAAAAUAGCAGAAGGGGCGGAUGCGCUUCUUAAUUUAGCGGGCGUUAAUACGACACCCAAUAAUAACAAAAUACAUCACGUACAAGCUACGAAUCCUGUAUCAAAAUCAGAGAGCGUGACAAAAUCUAAAAGACGGUUAGUUUCGAACGAUUAUUCGAGCACAGCGGAGAAGAAACGUAAACGUUGGCGAGAGUGGGGCGAAGGAAAUCGGUACCUAAAGCAUAUUAGAGGUUAAUAUGAAAUUUUUCUCAUAUACAUAUAUGUAUCUAUAGUGAUGAGAACUUCCAGCUAGUGCGUGUAUCAGACAGUGUCUAGGGACACGUUUUAUAAAAGUAUUUGGUAAAGAACGUUUCUUGAUUUUUGCGGUAUUAGCUUCGGCGAAAGAAUGAUCUUUAACGUUUUGGUUCUAUAUAUGAAGUCUUUUAUAUUGACUAUUAUAUAGGAGUAUUUAUAGAAAACAAAGAAAAGAAUGUAUAUGCGCACGUAAUUAUCUAUAACGUAUCAGAUAACGUUCGAGAGAGUGGUAUCGGAAGAAAAAUCUUUGUAAGGUGCAUUUCUAAAGAAUUGGCGAUUGCUCAGGGUUCAGAACUCGCUAUAUGCCAAAUGAAAUUCGGUAGCACUAAGCAGCAAGCAAUAAUAGCAAUGUAGUUGUAAAAGAGUUACUUUCUAAAGAUGUUAUUUUAACAUGGUGUAGAGAGAGAGAGAGAGAGAGAGAGAGAGAGAGAGAGAGAGAGAGAGAGAGAGAGAGAGAGAGAGAGAGAGAGAGAGAGAGAGAGAGAGAGAGAGAGAGAGAGAGAGAGAGAGAGAGAGCGUAUAGAGUAAGGUCAAUGAAGAAAAAUGCGAUCGCAUAUUAAGCUAAGAAAAACGAUGAAGUUUUUAGAACUGUUGUGCUGGUUAUACAUAUUAAUUCAUAGAGAGUUUAAUUAUUGAUAAUAGAGCCUUAUACUAGUUUUUUUUCUGUAGAUAUGUAUAGAGAUAUAUAAUAUCUAUUCGAUAGAGAAAUUGAUAAUAUAUUUAAAAAAAAAAAAAAAAAAAAAAGAAAAAAAAAGAUUAUACACACGUGCGCGAACGCAUAGAGAAAGAGACGCGUUCGUAGAAACGUAUACAUACACAUCCAUGCUCACGUACUCAUUACUUACGCUCAACAAGUGCAUCUGUGAAUGUACGCGACUGUAGAUUGGCAGUACGCGCGCUGCCAAUGAGUAAGCAACAAAGAAUAUGAUGUCGAGGUAUACGCUCGGUAUGAAUUUGAGAUAAGGAAAUCUAUCGUUUCACGUCUUUUUCUACUAUCUUCCUGGCUUUUGAGAUGAUUUUAAAGAAUGCUGUAUAUAUGUAGACCCUAUAAUGUAUGCACAGACCAGUUUUGAAAUUCCUUCGAUUACGUGACAUUUUGUAUCCGCACUUUUCCUAUCGAUCUGGAUAGCGAUGGAAGAAUGUGCAAGGAGACAUCCUAUUUUUAUAUAAGAAAAAUUAAAGAAAACGAUAACAAUAAGAAAAAGUCUGCGGAUACCUGUCUUUAAAAAAGAAAAAGAAAAAGAAAAAAAGAGUAUGUAUGUAGUAUGGAUGUGAAUAUCGAAAAAAACUGGUAUUGCAUAUAUUAAUAUGUAGAUCUAUAUAUAGAAAGAACGUAUAUUUUUACAGGGCUCUGCCCGCGUGAUAAAAGCUCUUCCUAAUAACUCGCUAAUACACAGAUCAUUAGCAUAAAUCAUGUAAGAAUUGCGAAUGUUGAAAUUCGUGCGUUGAAACGCAAUGUGUGCGUUGUGAUAGAGCAACUCGCUCGAAACCAGGUCAAGCGUUCAUAGGAAUAUCGUAGAAUCUAUACUGAAUUUCUAAUAUUAUCAUUGUAAAUUAAUAAGAAGUUUACGGUAGUAAUUAUUCUACGAUUGACCGAUAAGAAUUAUUGAUAGGACGAUACACAGUGUACGAAUAUGUAAAUUCUUCACGAAGACCUUUCGUAUUGGUUUCGACACGUUGCUCUAUCAUUAUUUUCUUUGCGCGAUAUCGUAGGUAGACAUCAGCUACGGAAGAAAGUCUUGAUUAUAAAUGGUGCAGGGAAGAAUGCCAUGUUUAAGUAGUCGAGAUAACUUUGAUUUUUCAUGCACAUAUAACUUCAAAUUAUUCUACGUGGCACGUACUGUACUAUACGAAAAUUUAUCCGCCGGUGGAUAUUAAGUGCUUCAUUCAAAAUUUAUAUACAUAUAUACAUAUACAAUGUGAUAUGUGUAUAUGCGUAUAUAUGUACUACGUGCGAGAUAAUCUCAUCUAGAUAUUAUGUUUCCACUGUCUGUGAUAACGUUGCAAUACUUAGUACAACUCGUUGUCAUUGCUAUACCUGAAGAAAACGCAAGCUUUAGAGUCGCCUAAGUGGUUUUUAUUUGGGUUUCUCUAUGUCCUAUUCGUAUUCUCUCCAGUCGGUAGAAGAGAUAUUUAAUGGACUACUUGGCAUUCUUGUUCACACCUCUACUUUUAUCAUUUUCUUUGGGAUCAGAAAAGAAAGCCAAGAUGAAAAAAAAAGGGGUAAGAGGGGGAUGAGAUAAAACGAUUGGAAAAGGGAGAAAAUUUGUAUUUGAUAAAAAUUCGUUGGAGACUAGCGCGUAGCUCUUGUUCUCUGCGACCAAAGGUCCGAUCUUCCAUGUAGAGUUUAUCGUAAAUUCAAGUCGAUCGAUUAUAAGAUGGCCGGAGAUCAUUUAUCGUCAUUAACAAUCGUAGCUGAUUGUUAGGAUAGAUUAAUAAAAGAGAAAACAAAAAAGCCUUUAACGAGAUAUAGAUGAUCGAUCGUUUAUAGCGACACAUAAAAUACAAUGAAGCAAUGCGUUCAUGCGAUGGUUCUUGUCGGUUAUAAUAAAAGAGAAUACUCUGUUGGAUUAUUCGAGGAAAAUGAGGUAUGCUUUUGCCGUGGUACGUUCUAGGAAAUUGGAUAGAGAGCAGCAGUCGAAAUGCUACUAUUGAUCGGUAGAUCCGAUCAAUUUAAUAAAAGGAAAAUGUAUAUAUAUAUAUAUAUAUAUAUAUAUAUAUAUAUAUAUAUAUACACACACACACACACACACACACACACACACACACGUGUAUGCAAUUAUCAUCGUCGGCCAAGGAACUACCGUGUAUCAAUUGGAUAGAGUUGUUUUUACAAAUAAGAACCAUUUGACCGGCGGUAAUGACAACGAGAUUGGUCGGCGGAUUUCCUAAAGUAGGAAUACGUCGGCCGCGUGAUACACCAGAAAUAUGGAAUAUGGAGCAAGAUAGACAAAAUGUACCGCAACCUAACCACGGACAAUCAAAAUGGAACAUGGUGUUUGAUUUGCUUCCAUUACAUGACAUCGUGCCAAACGCAGAAAAAAAAAUCUUUUUAUUUCAUAAUAUGAAUAUAUACUAUAAUUUAUUCAUCUAUACGUUUAUAAAGCGUAUACGUUUAUAAAGAUAAAAUCUUUGUUAUCUGUAAUAUCAUCGUUAUCUUUGUCAUCGUCAUAAUCAUCGUUAUCACGAUCAUAAGCAUUACCAUCGUCACCUUCGUCAUUCAAAAAAUAUCAUCAUCAUAAUUAUUUACACCCAUCGAGAGAUCGUGUUUAUUAUCGUCGUUGGCGUCGACUUUAGUCGACUUCAUCAUUAUAUUGCUAUAUUACCGCUAUUACUAAUUUUAAAACGAAUCAUGCGCUGUAAAAUGUUUGUUAAGUUUUUGACCUUGCUUAUGUAUUUUAAGUAUAUUUAAUAUGCCACGUUGUAAUCACGAUGAAAUCUUGUCUAAUGAAACGGAUAAAAAUGGAAUACAAAAAGGAA